AUGGCCCACAGAGAAAAAUCUACAUGUUAUUAAGAACCAAGUUUUUAAUUCUUUGUCAAAAAAGGCUUAAUUAAACAAAAUAAUAAGGGAUAGGUUUUUCCAAUAUUUACAUAUCGCAUUAAUAGUUAACCUUCUCCUUCAAAACAUAUUGAACUUCGCGUAUUUCCAUAAAAAAUAGUAAAGAGAUCUAAUUUUUAACACAACAAUCCCUCACCCUUUGUAAUUACCAAUAUACCGAAAAAAAAUACAGUUUAUCAAUCAUAUAUUGAAAAUAUAAUAAAAAGAAAAACAAAAGAUAAACCAGAAAGUCGUAAAAAAUACUCUAGUACAAUUGAUGAGAUUAAGGGAAAAUAAAUUGAAACUGUUUAAGAUUGUUUUCUUCCUAAACUUCAUUGUUUACAUAAUAAACCUUAGAAUUUGAAAUAUCGUCAUUCAUUACCAAAGUAAGAGAUCUAUACAGAACCGAAUCUUUAAUAAAAUUCAUCAGAUAGAUUAUAACCAUGGGAUUCAAGUUAAAAAUCAUUUGCUCUCUAAUGA